UGCUUGCUUGCUGCUUCACUUCUCCCGUCUCUCUCGUUCUCUGUUCCUCUCCCUCCUUACCUUCUCUCCCAUCUAAAGCCGUCUGGUGGAUAAGAGUUGCUGCCCCUUCGAGUACCAAGGCAAAAUUAGGACUAGUGCAAGAAAGUGAAGCGUCUUCUUGAGACGGAGAGGGAGAGAGAUGGCUCACUCUUGCAUUGCCGCUGCCGCGACCACGGGGAUUUCCUUCAAGUCGAAUGUCGCUCCCUCGCUGCCGCUUUCUUCGUCCGUCCCUUCUUCCGUCAAUAGUGCAUGCCAGUCCAUUCGCUAUUCAAGGAAAAGUUUCCAGGUUCCGAAAGCAAUAUAUUCAGGUGGAUAUUGGAUUCCUGAACCUAUCUCGAGAAAAGGGGUUUGGUCGAUAAGGGAUGACUUGCAAGUUCCUUCAUCCCCAUACUUCCCCACUGCACAGGCUGGUCAAGGGCCUCCUCCAAUGGUACAAGAGCGUUUCCAAAGUGUUAUCAGUCAACUUUUUCAGCAUAGGAUCAUACGAUGUGGUGGAGCUGUGGAUGAUGAUAUGGCAAAUGUUAUUGUGGCUCAACUUUUGUAUCUUGAUGCAGUUGAUCCUAACAAGGACAUUAUCAUGUAUGUGAACUCUCCUGGAGGAUCAGUUACUGCUGGUAUGGCCAUAUUUGAUACAAUGAGACAUAUAAGGCCUGAUGUGUCAACUGUUUGUGUUGGACUGGCAGCUAGCAUGGGAGCCUUUAUCCUCAGCUCGGGCACCAAAGGGAAGCGCUACAGCUUGCCAAACUCCAGGAUAAUGAUUCAUCAGCCCCUUGGUGGCGCUCAGGGUGGCCAGACUGAUAUAGACAUCCAGGCAAACGAGAUGCUUCAUCACAAGGCUAACCUGAACGGUUAUCUUUCUUACCAUACGGGUCAAAGUUUGGAGAAGAUCAACCAAGAUACCGAUCGUGACUUUUUCAUGAGCGCAAAAGAAGCUAAAGAGUAUGGACUCAUCGAUGGUGUCAUCAUGAACCCUCUAAAAGCCUUGCAGCCAUUGCCAGCAUCCUCUGAAUCAUGAGCUACAUAUACCCAAACACUCGGAAUCCGUAGAACCAUGAAUAAGUCUUCAUUUUUCCUGUAUAAUAGAUCACACUUGAGCCACAAGUGUACCAUGUUUUCUUCUACGUUGGCCACUCAGUUUCCCAUUUGGGACUAAUUCUAAAGCAUGGAACAUACUUCCAAAGGUACGACUUUGUGGAAUACAAUUCAACUCAGUUUCUCUCUUUGAGUUGGAUUUUUUUGGCUUGUUCAAAUUUUGUUUGAGAUUUUAUGUAAUUGGACAUCUGAUUGAGGAUGGAGUUGUUGAAUGUAUCCCUACUAUUUGGCA